AUGGCAUCCACCAUAUUUUCUUUCCUCCACCUUUUCUCCCUCCUCCUCUACUUCCUUUCACCUCAACCUGUCCUCACCCAGGACUCAUCUGUCAGCACCGUGACAGUAACAGAAGGUGACCUGUUCACCGCCCCCACGACGCCUGUAAACCAGACGUCUCCAAAUAACAUUGAGCCCACUCAGAACACUCCUCCAGAGACGGGGCUGUCCACUCCUACCAGCGGCGGAGAUGCAGACGACGAGGACGGGCCUCCCGUCGGGGGUACGCGUUGCAUGGGCUACUACGACGUGAUGGGCCAAUGGGACCCGCCGUUCAACUGCAACGCCGGCGUCUUCCUGUACUGCUGCGGCACAUGCUUCUACCGCUUCUGCUGCCAGUUCCGCCAGCAGCGACUGGACCAGAGGAUCUGCUCCAACUACGACACGCCCAUCUGGGCCAACACUGGCAAGCCAGUGGCGACCAUCACCGAGGGCCAGGAGGACGGCGAGCGGGACCGCACACACCUCAUCGUCUACAUCAUCUGCGGCGUGGUGGCUAUCAUGGUGCUGGUGGGCAUCUUCACCAAACUGGGCCUGGAGAAGAGCCGCGGCGGGAGCGGAGGAGGAGGCACAGCGGGGGCAUCGCAUGCUGACCUCAACUCCAGAACCCUGACGGACCUGCUGAAGCAGCAGGGAGCUGAGUUGAGCACGGUGGAUAAUGCCACGACCAGUUCACCCAACGGGGGGAGAGCCAACGGCGUCUCGACCAGGAUGCCGAGAAGCAGGAGUGAGCAGCACCAUCUGAAUAACUCGGCUUACGGGCAGUUUGGACAAGGGCUUCCACAUCCUCACAGCAACCAAAGUACAGUGGGACUCAACAAGUAUACCUCCCUCAAAGCUGUGGCAAGUAGUGCGUCUAAGAGUUACUACAAGAGCUUCCCGCUCAUGGACUUCUCUCAUUACCAGCCAGUGGCGGUGGCGCCUCCUGCUUUCCAGCCUGUGCCCAUACAACCUAAAGAGAAGUCAUACAUCCACCAGCAUGUGACAGCACACCACGACCUCCAAGCCCCUCUCUCCAUCCAAAUCCCAUCCAGCCACAUGGAGCACUCGCAUCUUCCCAAGACCACCACGCACCCCAUGCUCUCAAGCUCGGCGUUCAGAGCCUGGGAGCCGACUGCCCGACACGUCCACAGGCAGAUUUCAGCCCCUGCGCACCCGUCCUCCUCCUCCACCAUGCACGGCUCCAACCGUAGACAGUUCUACUCGACCAGGAGGCAGCAGAGCAUAGAGAACAUGCCGGACCUCUUUAGACAGCCCUAUGGAGGGAUGUAUAGAGGAGCCGGGGAGGGGGCAAGGCAUGGGCAGCAUGUUCCGGGACAGCACCCUUCUCAACACCCUCCUCAACACCCUUCUCAACACCCAUCUCAGCCCCCCUACUACCACCCCACAAGACAAAAGAGCUACUCCACCCACAGUACAACUGAGGUGACCGUCUGAGUGUGAAGGCUUAAUGCAGUGUCAAAAGAACACUUAUACUAGUCUUUGGGGUUAGCUCAGUGCCAGAGUUUGGGACAGUUUUCCCAAAUGAUGAGACAUUCAGAUUAAGUAGAUGAAAAUAGGUGUUUUUUAGAAAGUGGGAACUGUGAUACUCAAGUGAAAAACAGCAUAGAAGAACCACAACUCUUACAGAACAGAUAUUUGUUAGGAAAUGUAACAAGCUGGCUUGAAUCCUCUCUCAGGCUCCAAUAGAUCACACAACCUUCACCACCACAGUUUUGGCAUUGAAGUGCGGUUUUGUGUUUCAACAGGGCUUUUAAGGAAAAGGAACAUGAGAGCAGAAAAAACAAAUCUUUCUUACUGUGGUGACAGUUAAAAUGUUGAUUUCUUGUCUGAUUUGUCAGGCAUGAACGGUGAGUUUGGGUUGGCCAAGUACUAAAGUAAGGGUAAGGUCAUUUGUACAUGACGGUUUGGUUGACAAUAAGAUUCCAUAAUGAGUCUGGAACUGACAAAAAAAACCACACUCAGAGCCAAUAUUUUCUGACAUUAUACACACAAUCUGUUCAACCAUGCAGCUCUUGGCAUUUGCUGGAUUUUAUGUAAAUGUAGUAUUAUAACCUUUAAGAGCAAUUUCUUGGAUUUUCUUACAAGAUGUUAAACUUCAAAUACCAAUUAUUUGGAUUUGAUGGCACAACAAUAUUUAAGCUUUAUUGGCAACAAGAAGAUAUAACCCAUAUAUAAAUAUUUAACAUUUAGGAUACAGUCUUUCUUACCAAAAGUAAGAAAAGAAGAUUUUUAGUACUGUGCAAUAUAGAGGCUCCUGCCGUCUCACAUUUAGCCUAGCAAUAGCAAAGCAAUAAUUUGCUUUUGCUGAGCUAACCGAUCCUAAGCUAGGUAAGUCUAGCAACAGUCACAUAACAAUAUGAGUGCAGUUCAUCCUGGAGUCUUGUCAUGAUAUAGUUUAAUAAGGAUGAAACAAUAAUUCAUCAG